UUUCGUGUAAAGACUACGUUUUUCGUUACUCAAAAAAUUUAAAAUGCUGCGCGCAACUCUAGUGGCUACCCAAAAGGGUGGAAUCAAUCGGGCCCUGCUCGCUGGCCGUCUUGUGAAGCCUUGUGAUUACUCAACGCUGGUGGUUCUGCCCCUCAAGUGUUUCGACGGGGCCCCAUUCCGUGGCUGCGUGCCGAUCUAUCGCUUUAGCAGCGGUGGUGGAGGGGAUGAUGACAAGAACAAGAAGCCACCGACUGGUUUUGCCAUGCCCAAUAUUGGUACCGAUUUUGGGGUUAAGACCCCAGCAGGCGGAGCUUCCGAGUUGGGCGAAACAUCGACUCUAAUGGGCGUAAAGGCGAGUGGGGACAACCCCCCGCAAAAAGAUAACGUGGAAGCGCUCAUUAAGCGCUUGAAAAAUGUUAGCAAAAGCUAUGACGGUCCCCAGGAUAAAGGCAACGAGGAAGGCCCACUAAACAAACUCGACGAAAUCUUUGCAUCCGUCCAGAAAAAUACGGGCAAAACAGAACUGUGCGACCAAGAAAAUCGCGGCCAAGGAGAAUUCGCUGUUCCGGAGAAAAAUAUUGAGAAGAAAUCGGCUGCUGAAAACCCCAAAAGUGGCAGCGUCGAGGAGGCAACUGAGCGUGUCAAGAAUCAAUUGGGAGAGCUGCCCUCCAAGGAGCAGCUGAAGAAGUACUUCUUGCGCAUUGUGGCCUUUCUCUAUGACCUCAGCUUCUUGGCUGUCACUUGGGCCAUCAGCUUCGUUGAGAAAAACGUAAUCGAAAACCCCACUGUGAAGGCGUACUGGAAGAAGUUCCACGAGAAGAUGCAACAGGCCAAAAAGGAUUAAAUAUAAACCCUCAAACUUUUGUAAUGAUGCAUAUGUAGAUAUAAUUUGAUUACAAAUAUACAUCAUUCUGAGAAUCUACAA